GUCUCAGCGGCCCCUUGCAGUGGAAGCUACCUUGCUCCGUGUCACCGUGGCAACUCGCACGGCAGUUUCCGGAGGCGUUGGCCGAGAUUUGUUGAUCUACAGAAUGCUUCAAUACCCAUAUUUUUGUAGAAUCUAUAAAAAAUUUCUUUUGUGCUGGUUGGAAUCUGGCAUAUUUAAUUUGGGUGUCUGGCCAAAAAAAAUACAUGCUACAGCAGAAAGAUAUAAUGAAUAUGAAGCCCAGGAGCAAACAGAUCAAACUGGAGCUCAGGAGUUACAAGGCAGAGAUUCUGAAGUGAUGACUAAAUUACAUAUUCCAGUGAUGGUGGAUGAAGUUGUUCGUUGUUUGGCACCACAGAAAAGGCAGUUUUUUCUAGAUAUGACAUUUGGUUCAGGAGGACACACAAGAGCCAUUCUACAGAAGGAGUCAGAUAUUACUCUGUAUGCCUUAGACAGAGACCCAACAGCUUAUGCAAUAGCUGAACAGCUUUCAGAAUUGUACCCUAAACAGAUCCGAGCCAUCCUGGGCCAGUUCAGCCAGGCAGAAGCCUUACUAAUGAAAGCUGGAGUGCAACCAGGGACUUUAGAUGGAGUUCUUUUGGAUCUUGGGUGUUCCUCCAUGCAACUUGAUGCCCCUGAAAGAGGUUUUUCCCUUCGGAAGGAUGGCCCCUUGGACAUGAGAAUGGAUGGUGACAGGUACCCUGACAUGCCCACCGCAGCUGAUGUUGUGAACGCUUUAGAUCAACAGGCACUUGCAUCCAUCCUGAGAACAUACGGGGAGGAGAAGCACGCCAAGAAAAUCGCUUCAGCAAUCGUUCAGGCACGCAGCAUCUACCCCAUCACCAGAACCCAGCAGCUUGCCAGCAUCGUUGCAGGUGCAUUUCCUCCAUCUGCUACUUAUGCACGAAAAGACUUGCUACAACGAUCUACCCAUAUCGCUACCAAGACUUUCCAAGCUUUUCGCAUAUUUGUGAACAAUGAACUCAAUGAACUUUACACAGGACUGAAGACAGCUCAGAAGUUUCUGAGACCUGGUGGUCGCCUGGUUGCCCUCUCCUUCCAUUCACUGGAGGAUCGCAUCAUCAAACGAUUCCUGCUUGGGAUAAGCAUGACACAAAGGUUUAACCUAAGUGCUAGACAGAAGGUGAUACAAAAAUCACAGUUGGGUUCAGAUCAUGAAAACACGGAAGGAGUCUCUAUAGGAAGGGCCCCUUUAAUGUGGAAAGUAAUGCAUAAGAAGGUACUUACUCCGGAAGAUCAAGAUGUACAAAAUAACCCCAGAGGACGCUCAGCCAAGCUUAGAGCAGCUAUCAAAUUAUGAGAAAGUUAUCAUCAUCUGAUUCUUCAAGUUCUUCCUCACAGUUUCUCGUGUAAUAUUCCUGAACAGCCUAAUAUAAGAAAGUGGGGGAUAUAUAGAGAUAUGUACUAUAUAUGUGUGGAAAUAGGGGGUAUUUAGCAUUUUUUUCUCAAAAAGAAAAUGUAGGAAAUAUUAGCAUGACACAGAUAGCUCAAUUCAAGAUGCAGCAGUGUCUCAAAACUGGAAAAAUUGUUUAUCUUAGCAUUAUAUUUGACUUUUGAAAUGCAGUCCUUUCUCUAACCGGGAAUUUUUUUAAAAAGAAGAAGAAGAAGAAGAAGAAGAGAAUAUGUGUAUUUACUUAACUAUGUAAAUUCAAGCUGUCAAAAGAGAGAUUAUAAUUAUAUCUGCAUGCCCAAAUUCUGAAUUUAGAUAUUCAAAUUUGCAACAGACUGUCUAUAACUCAAAUAAUUAAUAAUGAUCAUAAAAUGAAUUUUAAUUUUCCUACUUGGGAAUAAUUACUACUAUAGCCUUCUCAAAUAUAGGUACUAUGAAAAUUUAAAAUAUUCAAGUAUUAUUUUAAAAAUGCAUUAUACUGAUAAAUUUCAUUACUGAAAUUACAGUGUUCAUUGUUUUAAAGGGAUUUUUCAGUAUGAUAUAUGCCAUGUUUUCAUAUAUUAGAAACUAAAAAUGUAGAAUUGCUCUAAUAGCUCUCACAGAGAGUGUUUCACAAAACUUAUAUUUAAAGUCAAUUGUGUUUAUUUUAAUAAUAGCCCAGAAUGCUUUUGAUAAAUAAAAAUCUGUCAUCAUUUGAAUCCUGCAAUUUUAAAUUGGGCUAUUCAAAAUAUUCAAAGUCUAUUUGAAAUGGAAAAGUAUGUUAUCUCUUCCAGAUACUAAAAUCAAUGAUUUUAUUUACAAAUAGUAAUUGUAAUUGUAAAAUGUUUAUUCAGGUGAAGUUCACGUGGCAGAGGAUUCUUUAACAAAUUAAUGAAAUUGAUUCAGUAUUCACAUAACUUUUUAUACAUUAAUAUGCACUUCUAAUUUAUUCAGUUAUGCAGCAAGUACUGAACUAGGCAAAGAAACAAAGGCGAGUAAAAUACACAUAGCCCAUAGUAUUAGUCCUGUGGAGUUUAUAGUCUAGCCAAGAAGAGCAAUGGUAGUUAAAUGAUCAUAAAUAUUAGUAUAAAAUUGACAAAGCGGUAAGGGCUAUAAAGAAGUAGUACAAGGUACCAUAAGUACAUCUAGUAGGGAUUUCAUCUACUGAAGGAAACCAGGUCUGACAACAUGGUGCUUGAUUUGUGACUUGAAGGAUGAAUAAGUGAUAAUUAGUAAAAGGGUACAUGGGCAUGUUCAUUAAAGGUGCAUGUAAAUGAUUGUUUUCUUAAGUAGUUUCCCUUGAAGUCAUAUUUAUACUAUUAAUU